GAUUUUUAUGGUUAUUAAACAUGUUUUGAGACGCAUAAGUAGUCUGCAAAUUUUAAGCUUUAAAGUGAUGUUCAUUUAGAAUUAAUUUGUAAACUUGAAAAAAAUAUAACGCUAAAACGAAGAAGUUUUACUUUUGACCCGGACAGCUUGCCAUUGUGAACAAACCCUGCCUCUUUGUGAAAAUAGUGACACGCAUAUACAGGAUUUAACGAAUUAUGGCAUCAGGAUUUAAUAUUGACGAAAUCACCGUGUGUUCAAUUUGCUUCGAAAAAUUCAAAAUUCCGCGAUAUCUACCGUGCACGCAUUCUUUUUGUCACGGAUGUUUAUCUUCUUACAUCCUUACUGCGUGUAAAGCUACGGAAUCUCGUUUGGGUUUUAAUUGUCCAUUAUGCCGUACGUUUAUUCCUUGCAUUGGAGAGACUAAUACGCCGGAAACGUGGGCUGAACUUUUUCCCGAGAAUGACGUUUUGGAAAAAUUAUCAGUUAAAUCAGAAAUUACAUUUUGCCAGGCGUGUUUGCGAGAAAAUGAAGAGGAGAAUGCCACCGACAUUUGUUUGUACUGUGUAGAACGUUUGUGUAAAAUAUGUACAAAAAGCCAUAGAAGAGGACUUACAACGCUUGAUCAUGUGAUAAUACCAAUAAAAGAGAUGAAAAGAAUGCCUCUUACUCCAAAAGCCACCCAUGGAAACACUUGUGCAAAACAUCGAGAUAGAAAGUUGGAAUUAUUUUGUAAUGAUCACGAAGAACUAUGUUGCACAAUGUGUGUGAGUUUGGAACAUAGAAAAUGUGACAGUAUUGAUACAAUGGACAAAACUGCAGAUACAGUACCGACCAGACCCAACGUUGGGUCUGGUCGGUACUGUAAUGUUAGAAAAUUAUUGACAGAAAAUUCCGAAAGAUUAUUGGAAGAUGUGCAAAUUCUAGAGAACAAAUUAUCUGAUGCGAAAUCGGAGCAGGAAAGAUUUGUUCUUCAACUGAAUAACACUGCCGAUUUGUGUACAGAGAGGACCGAAAGAGCCUUUAACAAUGCCAUUGAUCAUCUGCAAGGCUUAAAGAAUGACUAUCUAACAAAAAUGUCUAAAGCUGUAAAGAAAAGCAAAGAGAAUUGUGAGAAAUGCUUAGAAACUUUCAUUGACGGUAUUCAGUGUACAGAUUUCUGUACUAGAAAUAUCGAGGCAGCUAGAAAAGAAUUGAAAGACGUAGAAAUGGUGAUGGCGUUCUAUAAAACCAGGAAGACAUUAGAUGAACUAAAAAAUUACAAAUUUAACCAGAUAAGAGUAGAUAUUGUGGAAACAGAACCACCUAUCUUGAAUGAAAUUAUGAAUUUGAAAAAUCUACAGGAGGCUAUCGUUGCCGAGGCAGACCUUGAUGUUACAUCCAACCUUCGAAGGACCCACCUGUCCCUGUUGUAUGAAUUCAGCAUAAAUGCGGCAUUUGUUCGCGAUGGAACCUUUCUUUCUAAUGGGGAAUUUAUUCUUUCUACCAGAAAAAGUCAUCGUUCAGGAGCAUCCGAUGAUUCAUGUUUUGUAUACAGCAGUAGUUGGGAAUGUAUCAGAGAAAUAAAAUCAUUAUCUAAACCAUUUGGUAUUUUACAGAUGGGAAAUGGAGUAUUUUUAGGAUGUACAGGUUCAAAGGUUAUUGAUAUGAGGUCACUUGGUAAGUACGAUAAGAUGACAACAAUACGUAUGUCAAAAGCCAUUUAUGGAAUUGCAUAUUUGAAACCAAAUUUCUUCGUAGCAUGUGAUGACAGGAUUUUAAAGCUAAAUCUAUCAGGAGCGAAAGUAAAGGAAAUCAACACAGGAACUAGUGUAAAAUAUAUCAUAGCUACAAACGACCACAUUGUCUACAGUAAUAGAAACACAAACACAGUGAUAUGUAUGGAUAGAGUUGGGACACAAGUCUGGUCCUACAGCAGCAUGAGUCUUGAAUCUCCAUGUGGUCUUGACAAAGACGCUGACAACAAUAUCUAUGUAGCGGGUAAAGAGAGUGACAAUGUCCACGUGUUGUCAUGUGAUGGUGAACUUAUAAGAAUCUUUGAGGAUAUUCCAAGGCCCGAUUUUAUGAAAAUAGACAAGGAAAGAAAGUUGUGCUGUGUCUGUAGCCAAAGGAAAAACAUUAAAGUGCUCGAACUGAAAUAAUUGAUUAAAAGGAUGCAAUUCUUUUGAAUUGAAAUGAAAUCUAACGGAUAACUUUUAAAUGAUUCAAGAGAAAAAUGUAGCAAAAAGAAUUUUCAGAGUGAUAUGUUGAAUAUUUCAAG